CAACUACAAGAUGCCCUAACAUCAUGUCGGCGUAUCCGGAUGUCGACGUAUAUAAAGCUCCGUCCUUAUUCUCCAAUGCCAUAAACUAGUCAACUCGUCAACAAGAUGUUCCUCAACUACAUCCUCCCCCUCUUCUCUCUCUUUUCCUUCCCCCUCACAACUGCAUCACAACCACCAACCCCCAACCUCUCUUACCUCUACACAGCCUACGUCCAAUGUGACGGUAACCUACUUGAAGACCCCGGUCCCGUUAGCCCUGCUGGGGUCCGAAAGACAAUCCCAAUAGUCGGCGGGAACUUCACCGGGCCGCGUUUAUCAGGCCAAAUCCUCAACGUCGGCGCAGACUGGGGCAUCACAGACCCCGCAACAGGAAUCUUCUCUGCUGACACGCGAUAUAACCUCCGGACGAACGAUGGGGAGGAUAUCUUUAUACGGACGUCAGGGCCGAAGUCGCCGUCAGGGCAGUUGCAUUUGAGAAUUUUGUUGGAAACGGGGAGUGAGAAGUAUUAUUGGGUGAAUAAUAUUGUUGCUGUCGGGGUCUUGACGAAUGUCGGGAAGACGGCGAAUUCGUCGCUGCUUAAGAUUGAUGCUUGGAAUUUUGCAUCGGACUGGAAUACCACCAAGUUCGUUAAUCAGUAAUCUCUCUGCGUUAAUGCUGAGUGCACGGCCAGUCACCACAUUCUCAAGGACUGUAUAUAGCAAUCUGUACAUAGACACAGCCAUUCAAAAGGAUUGUACAUGCA